CCACUGGUGGAGCUUUAUGUCAGUUGUGUUGGGUAACCCUUGUGUUGAAUGGUGAUGCUGGGCCAUUGAAUUGUUUAUUCAAAUGCACAUGUGAGCAUGUUAUAUCCCAUGGCCAACAACUCCACAACUUUGUCCCCAAAGCAGGCAUUGUACGUAAGGCAUUGUGCACAAGUGUCCAAGCGCUUGUGAAAGAGAAUUUGCACAUGUGCGAGGCACCAAAAGGAUCAGAUCAGAAGGAGGAACCAUGGCAGGUCAGGAUUCAGUCCCUUUGUGUUCUUGUUGCAUCUGAUGUCCCAAUGCUGGGCGUCUUCCCAUAUCCCUCAUGUCCUACAAGUGUUAGUUAUGUGGUUGUUGUUGUUUAAUGUGUAAUGUUUUUUGUGCGUUGUUGUUGUUAACUGCUAUCAAGUCAACUUUGACUUAUGGCAACGUGAUGAAUGAGAAUCCUCCAAGCCCCCCAUCUAUGACCUCCAUGCUCAGGUCCUGCAAGUCUGUCUAUAUUGGCAAUGUAUGUCCCCCGAUGUUAUAGUGGAGAGUGACUCUGCUCUGAGCUAGCUCUUGGCUAGCUCUUUUAAAGUUUGGGCUAAAACCCAGAGCAGAUCCACUGCAGAGAUGCUGGAAUGGGAGCAACCAUAUCUGUCUCAUCUUGGUCUCUGAUCUGUUGAUGUCCGUCUUUGCCUAUUCUAAUAUAUCUAUCCAUCUUUCUCCAAAAGGCUGCAAUGACAUGGAUCAAUUGAACGGAGGCAACAACAGGGACUACGCUAUAAAAUUAGGUUCAAUGCCGCGUCAGAAAUAGCAACUUCUUGCAGAGAGUCCAGGGAAGCGGUCGGUGGGCAAGAGAGUGUCCAAGGCUGUCCAAGAGAGACGACUCCUUUCGGGGGAACCUGGAGAUAUUGGCGCUUCUGGGUCGUUUGGUGGACAUCUUGCCAGUUUCAUCCAGACCCUGGGCAUGGACAGUCUAUGCCAAAGAGACCAGCCAUGGAUUUAAGGAAGCUAAGGAUCUCCGUCUCGGUGGACAUCUGAGCUACAGAGUUGUCCAAAAGCGUUGGGUGGACCGAGACCUCCAUUUUGGAAAGAUCCUCCAGUCCUGAUGAACCUUGCGUUGUCUCAGGGACCAUAGCUCCAAAGGUCGCUGGUUGGUUUGGAGGUCUUGUACCCUGGUCAUCCUCACCCAUGUCACUGGCCAUGAAAGCCCGCCAGAAGGUGAAACGGAAGGGAGCAGCCAAGGAUCGUGUCUUUGGGUGUGACCUGGUGGAACAUCUCCAGCUAUCUGGGCAAGAAGUCCCUCAGGUUCUGAAGAGCUGCACCGAGUUCGUGGAAUGCCAUGGGAUCGUGGACGGGAUCUACCGGCUCUCUGGCGUCUCAUCGAACAUCCAGAAACUAAGGCUUGAGUUCGACACAGACCGGACCCCCGACCUCAACAAGGAUGUGUAUCUCCAGGACAUCCAUUGCGUCAGCUCCCUCUGCAAGGCCUACUUUCGGGAGCUGCCAAACCCUCUCCUCACCUAUCAGUUGUAUGAUAAGUUUGCGGACGCUGUGGCCAUCCAGAUGGAAGAAGGACGGCUUGAGAAGAUCAAGGAGGUGCUGAAGGAGCUGCCGGCGCCGCACUACAGGACGUUGGAGUUCCUGAUGAAGCAUUUGGUCCGCAUGGGAUCGUUCAGCUCCCAGACCAACAUGCAUGUCCGAAACCUGGCCAUCGUCUGGGCACCCAACUUGCUCAGGUCAAAGGACAUUGAAGCAUCCGGGUUCAACGGCACUGCAGCCUUCAUGGAAGUCCGCAUCCAGUCCAUUGUGGUGGAGUUCAUCCUCACCCAUGUGGAGCAGAUCUUUGGAGAUGCUCCUCUCCGAGGAGGCACCCGUGAGUCUCUCCGGAAGUCCCUUCUGCUCAUGGGGUCACCGGUUCCCCUUCCGGACGAUAAAUGCUGCUUUUCAUACAACGUCCCAGCCAUGCUGAACCAAGGGGACGGCCCGCCGCAGAUGCGCCCAUAUCACACCAUCAUUGAGCUCACCGACAGCAAGAAGGGCUCCCUUAAGGGAAAGAAAUGGAGGUCGAUCUUCAACCUCGGCCGUUACAGCCAAGACGCCAAGCGGAGGUUUCUCAAACCGGAGGACAAAGAUGACAAAACUGGGAAGCUGCGACUGCGGCCAGCGAAAAGCAUGGAUUCCCUCAGCUCUGUGCCAUGCGCCGGAGAUGAUGAGGCUCUGCUGGGAAGGAAGAAGUCCCAGAAGAAGCUGCUGACCCUCGGGCGCGAGAGCUUUGACGGCCCGGCUUCCCUCGACAGCAGCUUCGUCCUGGAGUCCGAGGAUUACCCGGGCAAGAUGAAAAUGGAGGAAGGCCAGGGCAAGUCAGAGGACGAAGCCACGGCCAAGUCGGAACCCACCACUCCCAAGUCCAGCCGGUCCAGUCUGGUCGGGGGUCCGAGCCCUCAAGGCCGUUCCCCCAAGAGCGGGCGAAGCCGAGCGGAGAAAUGCGUCGGGGUCCACAUCUCCGGGCCCUUCUCUGUCACGGUUCCCUUCCACAUCACGUCCAACUUGACCUUGUCCCGGCUGACCCGGGGCCUGGAGUGUCCGGCCUUGAGCCACUGCACUGUGGAGAAAGAGGCUCUGGAGGAGAUGUCCAGCCCCAAAGGAGAGGAAGAGUCUGCCAAGGAAGGGGAAACUGAGGCAAGGCUGGUGUUUAUGGCCACCGCCGACCAGGGAGAGCCUGCAGCAAAAACAAGCACGGAGGACUCGCCUGACUUGGAGGAGAACCGGAUGUCUCUGGAGGUCCAGGACUCCUUCUCGUUCCUGGACAACCAAGAUGCCUGGCUGGGCAACAGCCCUGAGGAGGAACAGCAGCCCCAGAAAAAUCCCAGCAGGGUCCCCAAUAUCACAGAGUAUGGCCUGGACACUUGCCCCCUCAUGGAAGACGAUAUGGGGACCGGGUUCAUGAACGAAAUCAUUGGAGGUGGGAUGCAGCUGGACAUGUUUUCUUCUCUGCCGCCCCUGAAUUACCUGUCCAUUGAGGAGUGCAUGAAUGAACAUUCAGAAGAGGAAGACGACCAGUAUUAUCUAGCCUUGGGCUGCAUCGAUAGCGAAGCAUCGGCAAAGGAGGUUGACUCCGAGGAGGUCUACCUGAGUGCUUUUGAUGAUCUCAGCCCUUUGGUCAAUGAAGCAGAGCCUCUCCAGACGUCUGACAAACUUCACAACCCUGAUGCCUCUUUGCCAAAAAGCACACGGGAAGACCAACCCACCGCUGUGGCUGGAGGCACAACUCCCAAAGAUUCAACCAAUCCCCAUUUAUUUGAAGCUGGAAUGAAGGCUCAGUCGGGGGGGCCACCAUCUCACGGUUCAGGAUUAGCUGAUUUGCAUCCGUAUCCCAAAUCAGUUGAUCCAGCUGAUGAAGACUUGGGUGUUUUGCCAGUCCAUCUUCCAGAAUUGGACAAUCCACCUGAGAAAGAGUUGGGCAUCUCCCCAAAUCCUAGUAGGCAUUUCAGUGCAUUGGAAGCAUGCCUGAAGGAAGAAGCAGAGGCUGCUAAAGAAGAGCCUGGGUUGUUGUUGGAAGCAGAAGGAACAGCCAGUGGAAAUGGAGACAACUCACAGAUGACCCCCAACCACCCUGACCAAGCCCCAGAAGAAAACCCACCAAGACCUCUGGAUCUGAAGUAUGAGAACCAAGUGGCUCCAGCAAGCCUUGAAGAUGAGUGGAGUUGGCAACUGGAACCUCCAAACUUGUUGGAAGUUGACCACGCUCAGUGGCCUCCUUGUGUUCCCAGCAUGGAGAUGGACAGUCCCAUUCCAGAGGUCAUUGGGAUAUCUGACGACCGCAUGGAUUGUGAGCUCCUGCUUCAAGAGACAGAGCUAUUGUGGGGUAGAGAGAUUCAUCCUCAAAUGGUCAGAGGCCCUUUGCUCCUGGAAGAUCUCACCUGUCUUGAUGGUCAUCCUUCAUUCUUGCUGGGUACUAGUUCUGACAAAGAGUCUUCUGAGAGAUCCACCAUGCUGGCUUCAGGGUUGAGAGCACCUAGUCCUGAGCAGCCACCUUCAGAGGUUUCCUUACUCAGUGAUUCUACAGAACCUGACAUGUCAACACUCCAGGCUUGUCCUCCCAAGAACCUUCCAGAAAGCCUUCUUCCAGCACCUCAGGUGGAAACUCCAAAGGCCUCCAAGGAUGAACCUUCUGAUGGAAGCGUCCACAUGAAGCUGACCUCCAGCUCCGUCCAAGUGCAGCAGGUGAAGUCUUUCCCUGUCAUACCACCCAAGCCUCAAUUUGCUAAGAUCCCUCCUUCCUUGACCCCAAGGAUCCCCGCCAAAGACGUUCCCAAGCUGUCCAUCCCAUCUCCAACAAAUGAUGGGAAUGGGAUGAAGGAGAGGUCUAAAGAAGGCUCUUCUCUGCCCAGGUCCCUUCGCCCAGCCAGCUUGGACACUUACUACAGCAGCAAUACAAGGAGCAACAAGGUCCUUCUAGAAUUAUCCAAGACGCCCAACUCUUUGGAGGCCGGAUACAGCGACCCUGGGGUCCUUCAGACGCAGCGGAACUCCAUGCCGGUGAGUUUCGAGAAAUACAGCAGAGAUUUGGAGAUCAGGGAAGGAAGUAACUCACACGAUCUCCCCUCUUUCUCCCCACCGCUGGAGAAAUACAACCUUCGCCCAAAGAGCAAUGAGCCUGGAAAGGAUGACCUCCACCUUAUGAAGUGCUCCCUGCCAGAGAGUUUGGAGAGAUAUGGGAAAAGUGAGCUCUCCCCAAGGCAGCUCCCCCCAGAAGGUCUUGGUUCUCUGAUGAAACAGGCCCCACUGACGCAAAGAUGGAGCAACUGGCGCAACGGGGGCAGCAUGUCUUUUGAUGAGGCCGUGGCUCUCGCCAAGGAGAGGCACGGAGGCCAGGCUCCCAUGCGGAGGAUGAAGACCUAUUGCUGUGGAGAUGCGGAGGGGCGUCACAGCCUGGCCAGAGCGGAGACGCCGCCCCCACAUUGCAGACCUGCUCUCAAGCCUUUGGGGCAGCGACCCUUGAGACCCCAGAGCUGUGCAGCUCCAGCCACAGCCCUCGAGGGCCACGUUUGGGGGAAACCGCUUCUCAGUCCAGUGUCGCCGGACGUCGCUCCGGAAAGUCCGCUCUCUCCAAGCCAGGAGAAAGCGCUGUUUGGCCCUCAAGAUUUCCCUCCAAGGAGCAGACUGAGUUUGUCAAAACUGGGGCGCCGGUUGUCUCUGUCGGAAGAGGUGUCUUGCAUGGAGCCCCUGGAGAGGAGGUGAUUGGUUUGGUUUCCAAAAUGGCCACCCAACCCAAUAUCAGCAUCAAUGUGCAUGUGUGUUAUGUGUGUCCUUUCUAGGGGCCUUUCCAGCUCAGGAUUAGACCAGGUCCUGAGGUUUUGGAGGCCAAAACCUGAGACUUGGGAGACUUGGGGGUCUGGUUUUGGGGAUGUCAUUGUCAUCCAACACCUUAAGCAUCAACCAUAGCUACCAAGAGUAUGGCAUUCAGUCAAAAAAUACCAAAUCUAAUAAAUGAAGGGAAAUACAUAUGCAUACCUGGAAUGAUGUCCUGUUUCAAAAAUGUACACACACACAUAUACAUAUAUAUAUAUAUACAUACACAC